GGACUGAACGAAAGCUCAAACUGAGAGUUGAAUUUUUCCUCCUCGGCAGGGCGGCGGGAGGAGGUGGUGGACGGUGAUAAGGGAGGAUAAACCGAGAUUGGAGCCGCCGCGGGGGACCAGGAGAUCGGUGUGCUGCUGCAGCUGUAACCCCUGACAGCAUCGACAUGGAGCUGGAGAACAUCGUGGCCAACACGGUGCUGCUGAAAGCACGGGAAGGCGGAGGCGGAAACAGAAAAGGAAAAAGCAAGAAAUGGAAGCAGAUGCUGCAGUUUCCCCACAUAAGCGAAUGUGAAGAGCUGCGACAAAGCACAGAGAAGGACUACAGCAGCCUCUGUGAGCGGCAGCCGAUCGGACGCUUGCUCUUCAGACAGUUCUGUGAGACUCGGCCCGAACUCAGAUGCUGCGUCAAGUUCCUGGAUGCUGUGGCGGAGUACGAGGUGACUCCAGAUGAGAAGAGGAAGGAGUGCGGUCAGGAACUCAUCGAUAAAUACCUCAACCCAAAGUCGGAGGACCAUGUGCCUGAGGUGGAGGACGUCAUGGUGGCUCAGUGCACCGAGAGGCUGCAGCAGGAGGCCUGCAAAGAUCUCUUCAAGGACUGUACCAAAUUGAUCCACGACUACCUGAGCAUGGCGCCCUUCGCAGACUACCUCGACAGCAUGUACUACAACAGGUUCCUCCAGUGGAAGUGGCUGGAGAGACAACCGGUGACGAAAAACACAUUCCGACAGUACCGAGUUUUAGGGAAAGGAGGCUUCGGAGAGGUGUGUGCGUGUCAGGUACGAGCCACAGGGAAAAUGUACGCCUGCAAGAAGCUAGAGAAGAAGAGGAUAAAGAAGAGGAAAGGAGAGUCCAUGGCACUCAACGAGAAACAGAUCCUGGAGAAAGUCAACAGCAGAUUUGUAGUGAGUUUAGCGUACGCCUACGAGACGAAGGACGCUCUGUGCCUUGUGCUGACCCUCAUGAACGGAGGAGACCUGAAGUUUCACAUAUAUCACAUGGGCGAGGCGGGUUUCGACGAGAGGAGAGCCGUCUUCUACGCUGCAGAGAUCUGCUGCGGGCUGGAGGACCUGCACCGAGAACGCAUUGUCUACAGGGACCUCAAACCAGAGAACAUCCUGCUGGACGACCUCGGCCACAUCAGGAUAUCAGAUCUGGGUCUAGCCGUACACGUGCCAGAGGGACAGACCAUCAAGGGACGAGUGGGAACAGUGGGAUACAUGGCUCCGGAGGUGGUAAAAAACGAACGCUACACCUUCAGCCCGGACUGGUGGGCGCUGGGCUGCCUGCUGUACGAGAUGAUCGAAGGACAGUCGCCCUUCCAGCAGCGGAAGAAGAAGAUCAAGAGGGAGGAAGUUGAGCGGCUGGUGAGGGAGGUGGAGGAGGAAUAUUCCAGCAAGUUCUCCGAUGACGCCAAGUCCCUCUGCAAAAUGCUGCUGGCCAAAGAUCCCGCAGAGAGGCUGGCCUGCCAGGGGGGCGGAGCCUCAGAGGUCAAAGCUCAUGCUAUCUUCCGCUCCAUUAACUUCAAACGCCUGGAGGCCGGCAUGCUGCAGGUGCCCUUCAUCCCCGACCCGCAGGCCAUCUACUGUAAAGACGUGCUGGACAUCGAGCAGUUCUCCACAGUCAAAGGUGUGGAGCUGGAGCCGAAGGACGAGUCUUUCUACAGCAAAGUGUCCACGGGCAGCGUUUCCAUUCCCUGGCAAAACGAGAUGAUCGAGACAGAGUGUUUCGCGGAGCUGAAUAUUUUCUACCAGGACGGGGCGGUUCCUCCUGACCUGGACUGGAGAAGACAGCCGUCUCCUCCACCCAAAAAGGGACUCCUGCAGCGGCUGUUCGGCAGACAGGACUGCUGUGGAAACUGCAGUGACAGUGACGAGGAGCCCACCAGGCUGUGACAGACACACACACACACACACACACACACACACACACACACACACACACCUUAUUUGUUUACAACUUUUGCACAUUUGUAUUUUUAAGAUAGUACUAUCUCUAAAUGUCAGAAUGUAUAUUUUCAGCAUAGCCAUAAUGUUUAAUGUUAUUUAAAAAGUGUGACGCGUUCCAAACCAGGAGACGGAGACGGGUAGAAGACUUUUUGCUUUUGUCUCUUUGUUUUUAGUCUGUUUUUAGUCUUUUUUUUUGUCCAGGGAAGUCUUUGCUUUCACAUUUGUCCACUCACACAUUUCCAUGUUAGUGAACUGGGAGCUGAGCAGCUCCACCGGAACAAUCGCCUGCUGUAAAAGUGCCUUGCUCGAGGGCACUGUGACGGUGGUCACGAAGGGAGGACUGAGCAUUCCUCGAUCUCUUUACAUUCUCCCGCUUUGUCCAGGGAAUCAAACCAGUGACUUUCAGCUCCUGAACUACGACCACUUUACUUCCUCUGCCCUCCAUUCUGCCUUUUUCUUCCAUCUAAGUCCAUUUUUUUCAUUUGCUUGGACAUCACGGUUUUGAAAUAGUGAUCUCGGAUCCAUGAAGUCUUUUUAUAAUGACAUUAUUUUAUCUUUUCGUCAUGGAUUUCUUGAGACAAUCGACUCGUCGCGUCAGCGUGGCUUCAGUUCCUCUCGUCAGUUCAGUGACGGUAAAGAACAUUUCACAGACGAUCAAUUAAAACAGAAAAUAAGAAGAAUCAUGGUCAGUCACUUUAUUUUUACGGGUUUUGUUAUGAAGGUUUGACAAAAAUAUAUAAUUUGGCACUAAUUAUUCAGACAAGACACAAAGCUCUAAUUUCCAUUUAAACCUAAGUAGAUAAUAUAUUCACCUUUGCUCUGUCAGCUGAUCACUCCCAGAUCUGCCUCAGGCCGCACCCUGAGCUGGUCACGUGGUCAACGUCACUGAAAUGACGACACGAGCAACUGAAGCUUUGGGGUCAAAUCCUGUGUCACACAAAGACUGAAGCUGGUCUGUUCCCUGCUUCAGUGAAAUGCCUCAGCUGGUACUGCUGCAGUCAAUGGCUUCCUCAAAGAAAAUGGCCUCUGAAUUUAAGCUAUUAACAUGAAAUACCUCUGAAUGUACAAACAGCUGUCAUGUUAUCUGUGUAGACUGAUAUUUGGAAACCAGACGCCAAAGUCUCAUCAAGUUCAACACCUUUAAUCCAGACUGAGUUUCUAUGUCCUGCUGUUACAUGUUAUUUUAAUCACGCUUCACCUUAGAUGCAACAACAUGAAAUUGUGGAAUUGUCCUUUAACCGUCCCACAGUGAAUAAAUGUCUCUGUCUGUCCGUCCAGGCGUUCUAAAUGAACCAAACACUGAAGCUUCAGCGACAUUUACCGAAGCUGAGGCCAAAAAUGAUUAAUCGAUUAUCUGAUCGAUUUUCUCUCAUUUGACUUGUUGUCAAAUUUGGCUGCAGCUCUGACACAGUCUGUAAACAGAACGGAACCUUUUUUUUUUUUUUGUAAGGGGCCUUUUGAUGAACAUGUGCAGAGGUGGAUUCAUUGUUCAGGUUUCUUUGUAUAAAGUCUUUCAGUCUGUCAGUUUGCCUCCUGUUAUCGACUUUAUGUUCAACCACAAAGCUCUCGACCGGGUUUUUAUCGAAGCACUUAACCAGAUCAUUUAAACCAAACCAGAAAAGAUCAGAGAUGAUGAACUCCUUCCCGUCCAUGGUGCCUUUAGAAGGUGUUUGGUGUUUGAAGGUACUCCAGCCCGCGGUCACCUCUUUUUAUACAUGACUGUACACGUCUGUACAUGAGCUCAUGCAAAGCCUGCUGCUGUGUCAGCUUCAGUUCACUUCCUGUCUGUGGUACCUCGCGUGUUCAUGUCAGAACCGCGGACCUGGAUUUUCCCUGUGAAAACGAGGAUGACGAGACUGAAAGAAUCCCUGCUCGUAAGGACUGCAGAGCACCCUGAGACUGUCCACUGUCCCGUCCUUGACCUCUGAACUCUGGACUCUCUGCAGUGGUUUUCUAAAGACUGAGAGGUCGAGGAGGGGUUUGGGGAGUCUGAAGAGCUCGCCGACAUUCACCAUGGAUGUUUAAAUCAGGACUGAUCUGCUGUGCUGUGUCUCUGUGCUGUCAGAUAACCUCUGUCCUUCAUGUUUCCUUUGUGUAAUGGAUGCACAGAUACUCGGACGCUCCGACCAGCCUCAGAGGAUAAUUCCACUUUUUUGCCACGGGUCAUUUUUUGUUGUUUUCUCAGUCACUGAAAUCUGUCGGCUGUAAACAUCAACAGUUUACAGACCGACGUCAGGCUUUGACUCUGACCUGCUCGGACCUGUCGACUCGAUACUCGGACUUGAGUCGGACUCCAGAGGGAGGACUUGACUGUGUACUGUGCAUGUGACUCGAGACGUGAAGGCGACAAGCUGAGGAGAUAAUCUGGUUCUGGACCUCUGCAUCACUGAACUCUGACCUGUGUGUCGCUGUGUCGGCAGAUUCCCACAUUCAGUCGCCUUCUUCUGUAGUGAACGAGCUGCGUUCUUAAGAAUAAAAACAGAAAAACGUUGUGUGUACGAGAAUGAUACUGACCCAAAUAUUAACAAACCAGAAUUAUCCUUUAAGGCUGAAACUGUUUAAAUGGGCAGAAAUUUAAAUACAAACAAAUGUAUUUUUCCUUUGUGUCUAAAACGUGGCUGAUGUUUUGUUUUUCAAAAACACAGAAUGAUCGUAAAUCUCUGUCAGGUUUAUUCUCCACGAUCAUUUAAAUCUGUCUUUGUCUGAAAUUCUUCAAACUGAUUGUGUGUGUGUGUGUGUGUGUGUGUGUGUGUGUGUGUGUGUAGGUUUAAGGGACCGUUGUUGGUCAGCCUCAGUCAUGUUCUCGUAUUUGUGUUAAAUUGUUGUUGGUCUGCCUGAAUCAUUUUCCUUUCACUCCGUUCUUCCUGUCUGACCUUGUGUUCACGUCAGCUGAUUUGUAAAGCGUUUAGCUAGCUCCUCGAAAUUACGUUUACAUACAUGACAGCAAUUAUGUUUGUCACCAACAACGUAACUUAGAAAACAGGAGACAGGGUCGCUUCAUGAGACGCGACCCAAACAGACUGAGCCCGAUCAGAAUGGCCAGGGUUUAAAUGACGCAUGAACAGAGGAGAAUACCAGAGGAAAAACUGCUAACGCUCUGCUGAACCUGUUUUUGUGUGAAAUGUUUUUCUUCUCGUGCUUGUUGAAGGAUUCGGGGGCUGCAGUUCAGAGUGUGACCAGGUUUGUUUAGCUGCAUUAGAACAUUCAUUAAUCCUAAGAGCCUUACACUGAGGAAACAGCCUCUGUUAAUAAACAGCCUGCCGUCAUCCAUUUACACUCCACUCAAUUCAGAGUGUGAACUACCCCCGUCACCUUCAUGACGUUCAGAUUGGCUGUGAAAGCACCUUUCAAGGAAACAUCCAUUCUGAAGCUCUGCAAUGCUUUUACAAAAAUAUUCACAUCACCGUGAGAUGUUUGUGCUGCAGCUACGGAAGAGACUGACAGCGACUGUCAGCAUGCUAACAUGCUAACCGGGCAGAACAAAGGCACAAACAGCAGCAGAGACAACCACAAACUAAAUCACCAAACACACGUCAAGUUUAAAAGUUUAUGUGGGGAGUUCAGAUGUAGGUGUUUGUUUGACAUUGGUGCUCUUUUCAUUCUGGUAUUCAGGGCCAUGCCUCAGGAGAGGAGCAGGGGCGGCUGAAGGAGGUUCACUCUGUGCAGGUCGACGUGUUGUUGAGGAACACAAAUCAAAAGAAAAUGUCUCUUUGAUUCUCGUACUCGAGACGCAUCAUCAGCCUGAAAUUUACUCCUGAUUGGCAGUUAGAUCAGAUGGGACUGAACCUGUCUGUCCUCACAUUGUGCAGACACCUUCAGUUUUACUUCUCAGUGGUAGAAAAUCGUCGGCAUUGUGAUGGAGGACAGAGUGUGCUCGGUUUGCCACAGGAUUUUAUAAAACACUGCGUCCUGUAUAUUAUUCUCCUCAGGUUCUUUGGAUCUGAAUGUUGUUUUUUCUCUUAAAUUCUCUGUCACUGCUCUGCAGCGUUUAGCUCUGUUCGUCCUCAGAGCACUGAGGACCAAACCGCAUGGCUCAGAGUCUUUUGUCCAGUUUGACUGAGACAGAUCUUCUUACUGAGAUGCUGAGAAACACAGACCAGGUGUCAGUGAUCGACAGACAGGCAGCCUCGGCCAGCAGGCACCUAACCUCAUGAUUCAUACGUGUGAUUUAGCCUCUGUAACGUUCACACUGCAGCAGAUAACACACUGAUCUCUGCCAAACAGUGCAACUAGUUCAAAUAUGAACAUCGUGUCCUCUGGAAAUAAUGGCUGUGGAUCGUUUUUAGUUGAGCUGCAGCGGCGGAACAAGGAGCCCUGCUGGGUUUCACUUUGCCAUCUGAUCAGGGACUCACCAGGUGAAUGAAAUGAACUGUAAUUAGCUGAUGGGACAGGGAAGACAGCAAGACUCUGGGUCCCUCUGCAUUAACCAUGAGCCACUAUAGACGUGUGAAAGUGUGAAUUCAUUUAUAAAAAAGAAGGAAAAGAGUCAUUUGAUUGCAGUGUGAUUUCAGUCUGACUGAAGCGAAGAGCUCAUCUGUGCUUUCGUGUCUGUAAAAGGCACCUGCUGCUUUCAUGAACAGGCUUUUCUUCAGUUUAAUCCCUCUCUCUGUUCUCCUCCCUGAUCUGUUCCUCGUCUGCCUCCUGUAGACUCUCCCUGAUCUACCCAUUGAACAGUCUGUUGUUUUCAUCCUGAUCGACUUUUUUUUUUUUUUUUUUUUUUUUCCAUCUUUUCCAAACAACAAAAAAUGUCAUGGUUAAUGUCAGUGCAACAGGCUACGCCAACGCUGGAAAGCUGUGUAAAUUUAGAGCCAAAAUUAUUAAAGGCUUUUAACACUG